UGCAGCUCUCACUGGAGCUAAAAGGAAGCUCUGGCUGGGCAACCGCUCCACAGUGAGAGCUUGUAAGAGUAGAUUAAGCUCUUGACGUGCUACUUUCAUAACCGGUCUUGCUCUGAAAUGGCUGUGGGAGAGCUGGGGGAAAGCAGUGUGAUGUGAGGGGGCGGUGAAUUCUGCUCUGCUUGGAGGGACAUCUGGCGUAGUGUGGGGAGACGGAACAAGCACACAUGCUUAUUCAUGUCGCUCGUAGGGCUGUGGGCUCACGGUGUCACCAUGCAGGACGGCUCAGGACCGGAGCAGCCAGACGAUCUCCUGUGACGGAUAGACAGUGGACAUAAGGCCAUGCCUGGUAGGAGUGAGAAGCUGCCAUCCACUCACCCAGCUGUGCAGGAAGCGUUGCGACAGACGGAACAGUCCCCUGCUACAACCUUGGCGCAUUCAUGGAGAACACUGGGGCUGAGUCAGACAUUCUCCGCAGCGUGCAUGCUCUGCUUCGAGAACUCGAUAGACACCACCCUGCCUUCCAGAAUGAGCGAGGGAUGUUGCGAUGGACCUUGCAUAAAAAAACUGACCGGAAUCCUGGGAACAGCACCAUCUUGGCUAAAAUCCUCGUGAAGGAGCUGGAAAGGGCAGAAAGAGGAGAUUAUAGACAUUAUAUCAUCCCCCUGCUCCAUACGCUAAUGUACACACUAAUAAAGGCUCCGUGCUUUUCAGAUGAUCUCUAUGGAAGAAUAUAUGAUUUCUGCAAGAAGCUAUUAACCCUGCCCAAGCCCUACUGCACCAUUGGCCUGGACUAUGCUUGUCGGUUAAAAACAGAAAGGGUGGCACCAGGAGUGUUAUACCAAAGAAUGGUUAUUUCCGAACAAAGUCUUAGAAGUGACCCGUAUCCUUAUCAGGAGAAGGUUUUCAUAUUUGCAGAUCCAGAUCUGCUUUCCAAGGCUGUAUGCAAUGCACUAGUCACUGAUACCAAGGCUGCUCAGACGUAUCAAAGUCCCAGAUCAUGCAUGUGCUAUGUGAUAAUGCAUGCCAUGCAGGUGGCUCUGGAAGACGACUGUGAUAUUUACAAUUUGCAGAGGAUCCUUCAGGAUAAGCCCACAGAGGAGAUAGAACACUUUUUCCGACAAGUGGUGACAGCAGUUGAGUGUACAGGAAAUGAAAUAAAUGCAGACCGCAGCCAGCACGUUGAGAGGCUGAAGAAAGUCUAUGAUGUAGUGCUGAGUUCUUCUGAAACAGGGGAUACUUCACCAGAAGGGCUCCAGGACAUCCCUCUGCCCAACCCAAAUAUUAGUUUUCACUUGUGGACAGAGGAAGACCAGCUUUGGAAGGAGCUUGUGCUGUUUGUCCGUCCCCUGUCACAGACCUGUGAACAGGACUGUCUGAGCCAGGAGCUAGACAACUUUGAAAUACAAGACAUUGUGACAGAGUGUGAGUGCUGUGAGCAGACUCGGUUCUCUGUGCUAUCCACUGACAGUGGGAUUGAACGGGACUUGCCACCAGUGGGUGAAGAGCCUCCUCCUCAUUGCAGUGCUGAGGUUGAGCACUCCCGGCUCCAGAGAAAAGGUGGCAUUAAGAAAAAGGCAUCUCCUUUGGAGGCCAUGGCCUACCUGCAGGCCAGCUGCAAUGGCCCAGGAGUAAAGCAUUCUGGAAAAAUGCACACAAAGUCUGGCAGCAACAUGGAGUCUAUGUCUUCUCUCCAGAGACUGCACACCGCCCGAAUUGUUGUUUUGGGGGAUGACAGGAUAUUGGGGCGACUGGCCCAAGCCUUUCACUCUCUGAGGAAACGAGAAACCAGGCGAGUCUUUUUGACCACACGACUGAACCUGCAGUUCUAUUACGUCCCUGUUGUAGAGGGCCAGCAAAGCACAUGGCCCACUGAAGAACAUGCCAUGCCUAGCCAGAUAGACCUCUGUGAAGUGGCUGGGUACCUUGGGAGAGCUGACCCGUGGUACGAGAGCAACAUCAACACUCUGUGUCACAUGAUCCCCAAGCUGGCGACUAUGCCCUCUUCACCAAGCAAACAUCUUGUGACGAAUACCUUCAUUAUCGAUGUAAUGUCUUACUACAUACGCAUGGGCAUCCAGCCAGUGUGUUUCCAGGUCUACUCUGUUAAGAUUGUCUUCAGUGACACAGCUCGGGAGCCAGCAGAGGAUGUGUUUGUCACUGAGCUGAGUGUAAAAGUACAAGAUUACAACCCCACCAGAGACUUAGUGCUGGCAAGGAAGAAGACAAUGCUGGAAGGUCCUGGGGCAGAUAUUACAGCAAUGUAUAGAAAGGUUUUGCUGAGUAGUCGGGGGAAAGAAUUGGGUGUCUCACUGAGAUCUACUGGCUUGGUAAUGAAAGCCAUUCCACCUGAUGAAGCUGAAGAUUUGAUGUGCUUGAAUGUGUAUAUUACUGAAGUCAUCAAAACCAGCAACCUUUCAGGAAGAUCAUUUUCUUUUAUGACAAACAAGAUCAGAAUGCACAGUAUCAAAGUCAGCAGCAUGGAUCAAAAGACCUUCACACUGUGCCUGGACAAAGACUUCAGAAGAACCUACAGGAAUGUAGUCAGUGUGGAAGUUUCACCCUGCCUGGAACCUGGCUACUGUUUGCAGAAAACGAGGACAAUGCAAUUCAGCAUGCAUGGAUCAGAGGAUGUAGGACUGGCCAAGUACAUGCCCAAAUCUUUGUUAUUACCUAUCAAUACAUUUGCAGGUAUAAUCCAGUGAAGAAAAUUCCAGCGUGGAGAGUGGCAUGAAAAUGAAAAGGUCUUAUAAGAAUCUCUCAUUCGGUCAUAAGAGCACAAGGAUGGAGGAACACACUAAAAGCCACCUGAAACUGGCAAUGAUGAUUCUACUUACAAUGCUGCAGCAGUACAGAAGUUCACUGUUCAGUAAAACACAUGUGAAAGCACAGUUUAAAACCUCUCUGUCAGGGGAACACAGCAAAAGUAGUUUUACUCUUGCAGCUUACUUCUAUACAGUAGCCUUUGUUUAACAAGUCUUCAGUGCAGCCAGGUGUUGGAUAGUCUUGCUGCCGUCUUUGAGCAAGAAGAGGCUGCACACCACUUCCUCAGUUUAAUUUAUGAGCUGCCUCUCUGACUUCCAGCUAAGGUUUUAUAUGCAGCUUAAUUAUAAGAACUUUUUAUCAUUGAUAUGAAAAGCAUGUCAUGUUAUUCAAAAUGGCCACAUUACCAACACCCCUUCUACCCCAUCUUGCUACUGCAGUCCUGUCUCCCAAGGAAAAGAGGUAGCCUGCAGGUGAUGGACUUUACAUCAGCUACUCUGGCUCCCAAAAACAGUUGCCUGCACAGUCUGGAUUUGGAUUCUCCUUCCACAAGAGGAACAGAAACUAAAGAACUAUGUUGGUGGCCUCAGAAUUGGACCUGGGAGCUAGGCGUCUGCAAUACUGCUCCAUUUAUUUGUUCUGCUGCUACUAGAGUACAAAAUUAGCUCUCAAAAUAUAGCUUGAAUAGUGCCAGUAUGGUUAGUGGCCCUGGUUAGGAUCAAACUAACCUGUUUUAAAAUUUAAACAUCACAUAAUAGCAGGUGCAUAAGCUGUUUUCUUUAUUCCAUUUUUUGCAAGCUGAAGUCAUUUCAGAAAGAGUGUAUAUUUCUUAACUUGUCAACAUCUAAUUUGGGAUAUCCAGGACAGGUCCAGUAAAGCUUCACUUAAUUCUUGAUUGAUAUAAUUGUUAGGCCUGCCUUGUAUGACACUAUAUUGUUUAUUCCUUAAAACUAGACAUAUUCAAACCCCAAAGUACUCUCUGCUUUCAAUAUGUCAUUGCCAUGGUGUAAGCACAGAACAUCUACCCAAAGAAAAUGUGGUGGCUUCUCCAGUCAUCUUUGGUCUUUGUGUACUUCCUGUAGUGUGUGCUCUCUAUUCCACUGAUUUAAUAAGGGCUGCCAGGGACCACAUCUUCACUUAACCCUUCUGUCAGCACAUCUGUGCCAGAUGGACAUGUGAUACCUGACAGAGUUGUGCCAGGAGACAUUCCUACUUUAGAUGCAGUUAUACUAGUAAAUAUACGCUCUUGCUAAAAUUGCUUUUCACAUGUGGGGGUGUUUUUAUUACAUGGGUAGAAAGCACAGCUACUUAUGUUGUUAGACCCACAUGAAAGGUACUCUGCUGGUUCAGGAUAGCAGCAUUGCUAUACUGGUAAGAUGAUUGUGCAGACAUAACCAAAAUGCCCAGAGCAAUUUAUACAUUUAAUAGUAUAUUAUGGCAUUUGGCAUAUUGGACCUGGUUAGCUAGCAGUAGUACAUGGUAUUGAGUGCAGCAGGGGUACUGCAGGUAGCCAGUGCAGCCCAUUCCUCAUUACCCAAGAGGUGAAUCCUCCAAGUCAUUUGUGCCUGGCCCAAUGGGAGCUGUGCCUCUGAGAUUUAAGUUAUUGUAUGUAGAUGCCUACAUUUAGAAUUAGGAACCUACCUUUGAAUACCCAAGCCUGAAAUUGUAGGUUGUAUUGCUCAGAUCAGGGGUGGCCAACUUGUGGCAUGCAUGCCGCAAGUGGCAUGGGCAGCCUCUGUAUGUGGCACAUGGCAAAUU